AACCGUAGAGUAGUAGUAGUACCAGGAAGAAAAUCAGAAUUCCAAAACAAUGACAACAUUAACAACAACAACAACAACAACAACAAUGGGAAGUCGAAUUAGGAAAACUAAAAAAACGAACUCAAUAAUAAUUUUAAUUAAAAUAAAAAAUAAAUUCAAGGGCAAAAAAAAAAAAAAAAAAGGAAAGUGCAUAAAACAGGGUUGAUAAAUUGAUAACCCACAAACCCAAGAUCAACCGUUCAAUUCUCACGUCAAUACGACCGACUACCUCCGUAUACACUAUAAACCCCUUCUUCUGCCUCCUCUCCAUUAUUCUAGACUUCGCGAUUUGCAUCAAGGAGAGAGAAUCUCAAGUUGUGGUUUCGAUUUCGCGAGUUCUUCUUCUUCUCUACGUUUUCUUCGAGGAUUAGUUGAUUUCAGAAAAGGUCCUUCAAGGUUCACCAAGUAUGCAGCGAUAUAGGAUGGACGAGGGUUUGGAUGAGUAUGAGGAUGACCUAGAAGACCAAUACGGAGAUGGUGAUGAAGACCAAUACGAGGAGGAUGAGGGGGAGGAGGAGGAGGAGCCUUUAUCGGAAGAGGCAAUUAAAUACCUAGAAACUAGGGAAAGAUUGAAAGCUAAACACAGGUCUAAUUUAAGGAGGGAGAAUGGCAAGAAUGGUGUCAAUGUUAACCACACAAAAUUGAUGAAUUAUGGAUCCUUUUUUGGCCCUUCUAAGCCAGUGAUUGCUGAUCGAGUUAUCCAAGAAAGAAAAUCCUUGUUGGAGACUCGACAUUUGACACCUAAAGUAUCUACUUCUCAAAAUGAUGUACGUAUUUUCAACGUCAAACGGGUUAGCAUUCAAUCAAACACGACAUCAAAAAAUGGAUUAAGCAACAACAAGCCUCGUCCAAUACAGGUUAAAUCAAAAGCACAGAUACUCAAACAAACUAGAGAUUAUUCUUUUCUAUUGUCAGAUGAAGCGGAGAUUCCUAAACCAGUGAAAGAUCCUCCUGGUCCACAGAGGAGUUCAGCUCCAAAGCAUGGUUCUGAAGAUGCCAGAUCUUCUCAGGUUCGUGCAAAGAGACCUGAACCUUCUUCUUCGCAUUCUUAUAAAAAAGGAAACGCGGUGUGCGAACAAAGGAAGCCUUCUUCUUCCGGAAUCUCCCAUGCCCAUGAUCCACGUAGAGCACCUCCUCAGAAGUCACCCUCGGGUAGUAACAGGGCAAGUCUUCCGAGUGAUUCUAGAAGGCAACUAGAUUUGAGAAAGCAGUCUGGCAGCAGUAGUGGAAGUGGGUCCACCAGACCUCCCGUGCAGAAAGUGUUGCCGCCAAAGAAACAUUUAUAUUCAAGUGAUAGGAAAGUUCCGGUUGGUUCUGUGGAGAGAAAAUCUUCCGCUACUCCUAUGGGGAAUAAUAAGGCGUCCGUUGUAGCAAAGAGUUCUACUACACUUGAUAGGCAAAGACUGCCUAUGGGAAAACCUCAUUCAUCUGGUGUAACUAACAACCGUGUGGAACAAAGAAGGGAUGUUCAGCGAAGUACUGAAAACAGACCUUUGAGGAAGGAAAAUGGUGUAACUUCAAAGUAUCAGACGGUGAAGCCGCCACCGCCUCGGCAAGGCUCUCUUCAGUCCAAUGUGGAAAGACGAAAUGACAUUAGGAAGCAAAAUCCCGCUGGAGAGUUGCGGAAUUCUUCUGCUGUGCAUAAGAUUAAAAAACGUAAAGCUCCCGAUUCAGAUGACGAGAUGGACUAUAGUUCUGUAAUUAGGAAGAUGUUUGGGCGUCCCACAAAAUAUUAUGACGACGAUGAUGACGAUGACAGGGCUAUGGAAGUGGGCUUCGACAGUAUAAUGGCGGAGGAAAGAAAAAGUGCAAGAAUAGCUAAACAAGAAGAUGAUGAAGAAUUUAUAAAGAUUCAGGAAGAAGAAAGACAAGAAAUGUUGAGAAAAAAGGCCAAAAUGCGCAAAAUGAGCCACCGAUGACCGGAAUCUGGAAAUCAAGCUGUAUUUAUUCAGUUAUUUACGUUCAUUCAUUCGAAUGUCGUCGAUCGUGUUGUGUAUGAGAGGGGUGUUAUGAUGAUUGAUCAAGUUUCUUCAUUGUACCCAUUGGUUUUUUUUUUUUAACAAUAGAUAGUUUUUUUUUUACCUUUUUUUUCGCGGAUAGGCGCGUUGGUGGAGGGGGAUUUUGGAGAAGUAAUUGAUAACAUGUAAAUCAAAUAAGUAGGGUUAAUUCAGUUGUUGGUUGGUUCUCUUUGAGAUUUUCUUGUCAAAUGCAACGCGUACAGAUUAAAUGAGAUGUAACUUUAGAUUUAUAACAUCGUCUGAUAUUUUCCUUGAA